AGCGCCGCGUUACGUUCCACCUCCCUGAUGGCUCCCAGGAAAGCUGCAGUGACAGUGGUCUAGGAGACCACGAGCCGGUGGGUAGUGGAACCCUGAUCUCACACCCUCUUCCUCUGGUUCAGCCACAGGACGAGUUCUAUGACCAGGCCUCUCCGGACAAGCGGACUGAAGCGGAUGGCAACUCUGACCCCAACUCUGAUGGGCCUCUGGGUCCCCGAGGAUUAGCUGAAGCUACAGAAAUGUGCACUCAAGAAUGCUUGGUUUUGGGUCAUUCUGAUAAUUGUUGGAUGCCUCCUGGCUUGGGUCCAUAUCCACACCCAAAAUCUCCUCUCUCAACCUUUGCAUCCCAGAAAGAAUGGGUCAAGAAGGACAAGCUUGUGAAUGGUCACACCCUGACCAGAGCCUGGAAAGAAGACAGCAACAGGAACCAGUUCAAUGACCGUAAGCAGUAUGGCUCCAACGAAGGCCAUUUUAACAAUGGCAGCCACAUGACAGACAUUCCUCUGGCAAAUCUGAAGUCUUAUAAGCAAGCAGGAGGCGCUAUUGAGAGUCCUAAGGAGCACCAACUCUAAGAAAAGGCUGUAUGGGACCUAAUAACUUUAAUCUAAAUAGACAUGCUAAUACCGUGUGUGUCAGAGCUUUAUGUAUUCAAUAGAUCUUUACAACUAUGCCCCUUCUAGCAGGGAUACCCAUAACUUUGUGUUAGCACCAUGGAGGACACAAUGUUUUGCAACAUGAGAGAGAAAACAGUUCUUCUAGCCAUGUCUAGAAUUGAUUAAACUCUUUAGAGCUCUCUCCAUUGUGCAAUUUUUUUUAAUUAUUGCAUUUUAUUUUGACCCUGGACUGCUGCUAUGAACAAUAGAAUAUGCAUUUGGAGAGUAAGAAAGUUUCAUGGAUUAGAGUGACUGAUAAACAUAUCCAGUUAGAAAAUUGUGCUCUUUUUGUCAUUGAUUUGUGCUGGGACCGCUAUACUUGACAUUAUACUUCAAACAAAACUUAAAAAGAUAAGCAUUAAACCUAUUGUGCUGUUAACAACGUUAGUGGACACUUGUAAGUCAAUCAGUGUUAAAGUAUUUGUAAAUAGAAGCAAGUUAUUAUUAACAACUUUUGUGUACUUAUAACGUUCACCUAAAAAUCUUGUAGCAAAAUUCUGUGUUUUAUGGUUGCUUCUCUCCUUCUUUUUAUUUACCUCUUUGUUCUUUUUGUUGUUGUUGUUGUUAUUUCUUUUAGUGAGGUGUUUCUGCGUUAGUAGUCUGUCUUGACACACAAUGUUCAAAAGAACUCAAACACUUGUGUUUUUAAAAAAGGUUCUGAAAUCUUGCUUCUUGUGUGAUAGCUAUGAUGCUGGAAUUCUGUAAAAAAUAAAGAUGAGAGAAAAAACUGAAAAUUUAUACAAAAAAAGGACUUCUGCAAAAGCUUGAACAUUCAGAACCUAUUUUUUUUUGACAUUCUUAUUUUCAAAGUAAGCAAAAGCAAAAUCACUUAAUUAGUAUCAUUAAGUGAGAUAAUACUGGGAAAAUGUUAUCCAUCAAAAGUAAUAUAAUAUCCUGUACUUGUCACUCAUGCAAAACUAAUGUGUCAAAAUUAGCAUAUAUGGAAGAAAAAUUACUAUUUAAUAGUUUCAAUUGGGCAAAUGUGUGUCCUACAACUUUGUUGAAAUGACAGAGUUUGUGUUGAUCCUCAUAUACAAUAAUGUUGUUGUAACACAAGUGUUAUUAGACCAUAGCCACAAAAUAUUUAAUGUGUUGUGCCUUCAUGAUGUAACAGAACAUUCUCCAGGUAGGGUAGUUGGGGGAAAUAAAGGGAUAAAUCUCUAAUUAUUGCUGUUUAACUGUUUGUUAUCAUAGUUGGUCAAUGCCUGGCAGGUACCAGCAUAUUGUCACUUAUGUCAAACCAACAAGGUGACAGCUAAUGUUAAUAAGAUCUCAGUUGCACGUGCAAACAAAUGCAAAUUCGAACAUUCUUAGGAGGUUUUUGUUAAGGCAUGACAGAUGAUUUAAACAAAUAAAUAGCAUGCAACAAAAUGUCUUUAUUGAAAGAAGUGAAAGUUAUCUUAAUGCCACGGUUCACCAUCAGUUUAAAAGUAAAAAAAAAAACAAAACAUAAAAAAAAACAAAAAAAGGUUUGCUAAUCUGAUAGUUAAUUUGUUCUUACCAAAAAAUAAAUUUACUUUGUAAAUAGCAGUUCACAUUUUUCCACAAUAUAAUGGAAAAUAAUGGGUAGGGGUGCAUUGCUUAUUGAAGUACAUUUUUGUCGGUUUGUGAGGGGUGUUUGAUGACUUUGACAGAAUAAAUAUCUAAACAAUUAUCCUUGUUACUGCUUUGCCAGUUCUACGUUAUUUACAAUUAUUCAGCUCUUGCAAUAAAUGUUCUGAAUUCCUGA